AUGUCAUUUGCAAAUCAAUCUCUACAUAAUGAUACUGCUGCCCAGCAAUAUCAAGGGAUUUUAGAACGAGUGCUGUUUUCGUCUGUGACUACACUGCCAUGCUGUGUGUUCCUCUUCAUUAAUGGAGCCAUGCUCUUUACUUUAAGGAGUAAAGCUUUGUUUUGUGAGACCUCUCGCUAUAUUCUCCUGUAUAACCUUCUUUUUGCAGACACAGUACAGAUGGCACUGAGUCAGUUAUUGUACAUUAUUGCUGCUUGUAGAAUAACACUAACAUAUCCUGUAUGUGGUUUUCUCACCAUGCUUAGCAGUCUCGUAACUGGGAUAUCUCCUCUCACACUGGUGGUGAUGUCUCUGGAGAGAUAUGUUGCUGUGUGCUACCCACUGAGGCAUACUACCAUCAUCACCAUCAGAAACACAGGUGUGGCCAUCACUGUGAUUUGGGCCUUCAGUUCACUAAACAUUCUCAUUCGGGUUCUCCUGCUCUUGGAGUUUCCAUUUGAAGUGCUUGAUAGUCUGCAGAUGAAAGACUUUUGCUCUGAUAUAGCUCUGUUUUUUGGCUCUGUGUAUGAUGCUUAUGACAGAGCCUUUACUUGUGUUCUGUUUAUUUCAGCAAGUGUGGCAAUCACCUCCUCUUAUAUCGGUGUACUAGUAGCAGCCAGGUCGGCCUCCACAGACAAAGCUUCAACCCAUAAGGCUCGUAACACACUGCUGCUACAUCUGGUACAGCUGGGCCUCAGUCUGUCUUCAACCAUUUACAAUCCACUGCUCACAGCACUCGCAAGAGUUUUAAAAAGGAUAGAGUUUGUGCGCAUCCAGAAUGUUUUUUAUGUAUUUAUUUUCAUCUUCCCCAGAUGUCUGAGUUCUCUGAUUUAUGGUAUCAGAGAUCAAAGCAUCAGACCUGUUCUCAUGUAUCAUCUUUGCUGUCGGUUGAAAAAUUCAAUCACACAUACUUGA